UUGAACUGGCUGAGGGUCGGAGGCGGCGGCUGCCGAGCAGUGUUCCGCGUCCCCGGAGGGAGAACCCGCGAGGAAGGAGCGGAUAUGGCCGCGAAUAGGAACUUGAAGCAAGUGCGGAUCGAAAACAGCUCCCCAGCGGCGCCGCUGGGCAUGGUGGGGGGUGGCGGCGGCGGCAACCUGAAAGGAUUGCGCGGCCUAGAAGCGGAGAAUGAGGCGGCGGCGGCCAUGGCUCUGGCGCCGAGCAAAGAAGGUGGCGGAGAUGAGGAGCAGGAGGUUGGGUUCACCAUCGAUAUCAAGAGCUUUCUCAAACCUGGCGAGAAGAGCUACACGCAGCGUUGCCGGCUGUUCGUGGGGAAUCUGCCUACUGAUAUCACUGAGGAGGAUUUCAAGCGCCUUUUCGAGCGCUACGGGGAGCCCAGCGAGGUCUUCAUCAAUCGGGACCGUGGCUUCGGCUUCAUCCGCCUGGAAUCUAGGACCCUGGCUGAAAUAGCAAAGGCAGAACUUGAUGGUACUAUUUUGAAGAGCAGACCACUUCGAAUUCGAUUUGCUACCCAUGGAGCUGCCUUAACGGUGAAGAAUUUGUCACCUGUGGUUUCCAAUGAGCUCCUGGAACAAGCAUUCUCACAAUUCGGGCCAGUGGAAAGAGCGGUUGUUGUAGUAGAUGAUCGUGGCAGAGCUACAGGGAAGGGUUUUGUAGAGUUUGCAGCAAAACCUCCAGCACGGAAAGCUCUAGAAAGAUGCAGUGAUGGGGCAUUCUUGCUUACAACAACACCUCGACCUGUUGUUGUAGAACCAAUGGAGCAAUUUGAUGAUGAGGAUGGACUCCCUGAGAAGCUAAUGCAAAAAACACAACAGUACCACAAGGAAAGAGAACAGCCUCCACGCUUUGCUCAGCCUGGAACAUUUGAGUUUGAGUAUGCUUCGCGGUGGAAGGCUCUUGAUGAGAUGGAAAAGCAGCAGCGUGAACAGGUUGACAGGAACAUUAGAGAAGCCAAAGAGAAACUUGAGGCAGAAAUGGAAGCAGCUAGGCAUGAGCAUCAGCUAAUGCUGAUGAGGCAAGACCUCAUGCGUCGUCAAGAAGAAUUGAGGCGCUUGGAAGAACUUCGAAAUCAAGAACUUCAAAAACGCAAGCAGAUACAAUUGAGACAUGAAGAAGAACACAGACGUCGUGAAGAAGAGAUGCUACGCCAGAGGGAACAGGAGGAGUUACGACGACAGCAGGAGGGAGGAUUUAAGCCAAAUUUCAUGGAUAAUAGAGAACAGGAAAUGAGAAUGGGUGAUAUGGGUCCUCGUGGAGCAAUAAACAUGGGAGAUGCGUUUAGCCCAGCACCUGCUGGUAACCAAGGCCCUCCUCCAAUGAUGGGUAUGAAUAUGAACAACAGAGGAACUUUACCUGGCCCUGCAAUGGGUCCUGGUCCUUCCAUGGGACCAGAAGGAGCUGCAAAUAUGGGAACACCAAUGAUGCCAGAUAAUGGAACAGUGUUGCCAAGAAGGUUACAUGCAAGCCAGUAAAAAAAUGGAAAAUAGUGUUCUUCGUGAUUUCUCCAGGAGAGAUGAUGUGCACAGUUGCUUUAAAAAGAAGCAAGACUAUUCACAUGUACUUUUUCUUGGAAGAAAAUAUAUAAACUGCCAUUACAAAGAUGGGAAAUACUGUCUUUUAAAAUGCUAACAUUCUUCAUUCUUUGACAUGAUAGCACUGUGUUGUUCCAUAUAAUAUGUUCCGCUUUUAAGGGAGAGAGCAUGUGAAAGGUAAGCCACAGCUCCAGUUUUAAUCAACUUCAAAUUAAAAGCUUUUCCCAGAAGACACACCUGUAAUAAUGAAACAGUAGUUCAUCUUCAGUUUUGUUUGAGUGUGGAACAUUGUGUUUCUAGAACUUCCAGCAUUGUACCAGUAGCAGUUCCACAUCUGUCAUUUUCAGAACUAGAGCUGUGCCAAAUCAUACAAAUAAAGUUUUUGUCUUAGUGUGUGAAGAGUGCAAUUACUCCAAUUAAAAAACUGAAUGUUCAGAGUUUUGAAAGAAAAUGUAUGAAAGAAUUGUCAUCUAUUGAAUUGCUGGUUUAAAAGUGAAAAUUGUCAACUUGGUAGCAGGGAUGGCUGUAUUUCUAAAUUAUUUUGGGAUAUGUGUCAGUUUAUUAUUGAUAUGUUACACUUUGUGUAGUUGUUGUAAUAACACUUAAUGCAUGUUUGGCAUCAUUCUUUUGCAUUACACUUGUGUAGUUUCAUAUAUUAUUCACACUGAUGAAUGCAACUGUCUGUAGAUGUGGGUUACCAGAGCUUUUGUUUAGUAUUAUCUAACUUGUUUAGGAGAGUUUUUCAUUGAUAAGCUUGUUUUCUGUCUUGUGUUUAGUCUGCAUGUUCUGAGCAAAAUACACUUUUUUGACUUUAUAUGGGGAAAAAGUAGCAAGUCAUGAAAAAGUGUUUAUUAGGAAAGUAAAUAGAAAAUAAAUUGAAGUCUUGGAUGCUUCUUACUGCUUCUAAAAUGACAACUCUCUCAGGAGAAUAAAUUGGUAUACUUUCUGCAUGAUUAUUCUAGACACUUUCCUGCUUACAGCACACUUCAAGGUUAAAACCAAAAUGUUUAAUUUCUGUCUGGUUUUAGUCCUAAGCAUGUUUACAAGACAGUAAAUUAAACACAAAUGUCUUGAUGUUUAUGACUGAAUAGUACUCUUAACUCCCCAAGUUGUAUUAAACAUAAAUAAUUUAUUGAUUUGAUUUUCAUAGUUUUUAAAUACUGAAUUAGCCAGUCCCCUCGGGGUGGGGCAGGGAUGUAGAAAGCACAUAUUUGUGGAGAAAUCAUACUCUUGUUUUCAGUUGCAUUAUGUUUCUGGGCAUGCAUUUUUUACUCUUGACAUUGGGACAAUUUGUUACAAAGAUUUAAAAAGAAAUAUAAUUUAUCAUAUUUUAUCCAUUUGUAAGUAUUAGUACAUAGCUAUAUUGUAAAAAUCGAACGGGUUAGUUUUGGCACAUUUACUUUACUGGACAUAAUGGCAUGUAAUAUAAAUAUCAGAAAUAGGGUAAUUCAAGUGUUGUAGUUACUGAUGAUAUGUUGUUGUGCCUUUAAGCCUAGUUGGAUAAAAGCUGAUACAUAUUGAGCAUAACGACAUUUUAAAACUCAGAGCCCAGAACCUUGAUGCUGCACUUGCAUUUCUGCUUUAUUGCUCUGGUAAUCACAAAAAUACUCACAGGUUUGAAGGUGUUCAUCUAGAUAUAUGGGGGAAGGUAAAGGAUUAAUUGUUGUAUGUUGCUUGGUUCUUGAGGUCUUGUGUGAGAAAACGGGUAUAGUAGAAUCUUCUUUAUAUGGUUGCUUAAAAAUUUACUUUUUUUUUUUAAACUGCCUUGUUUAUUUAAAGUGUCCAGUGUGAAGGAAGCCAAGUGGUGCAUCUCUAAAGAAUGUGGGAAAACUAUUUUACUAGAGAUCUUACUUGAGGUCCUAAUCUUAUACUGCUUUGACACUGAGGACAUGGUGUCUUAACUCUAACCUUACGUUACAAUUAUGUUGGAAAUUGUGCAAGCUUCUGUCAAGCUUUAGAAGUGAUGUGAGGGUGUGAGGUGACAUACUGACUGUAGGAUUGGGCCAAAUCAUUCAUAUUUGACACUUGUCACUGGCCUGCUCUGGUUAUUCUAAUCCAUUCCUUUUAGUAUUUUGUUUCUUUUUCUGUAUUCUAGGUUUUCUUUUGUUGUAAAAGGCUUUAUGUUUUCCUGAUGAUGUGGAAGAUAUGAGCUAUAUGAAACUUUAUUUGGGGCUCCUAACACUGAACUUAAUGGAAAUGGUUUUAAGUAAGGGAAAGGUGUCAGAUGCACAGCAAAAACUAAUUCUUUCUAUGAUUUGACAAGUUGUUACAUACCUCUUCAUAUGUGCCUUGUUAGUAUAUAUCAUAUAUGUAUUCUUAACCUGUUGUGCCUUUAAAAAUGGUUUAUGUCUCUUUCUAAGGGGGGCAAAAAAAUUGUUCUGGAUUAAUUUCAUAGCUUCUCUUUUGUGUAAUUAUGCAAUAAUUAAGUGACAGAGAGUACAUGAGAACUUAAUAGAUAGUUACUCUCUCUGAGCUCACAGAUGUGUGCAAUUACUAAUACAGAAAAGUAAAAGUAGAUAAGUGCUCUUCAUAGAUUUACAGAUGGGGGAGAUACUGUUGUGGAAAAACAGGAAAAUGUGGCUUGAUCUCAUCUUUUACUUUGCAGCUUUUAAGAAUUUGGGAACUACCAUAGAAUUAAAAACCCCAAAGAGGGCUCUCAUAAACUUCAUCUAAAAUUCUUAGAUGUUGUUUCAGAUUUCUACUAUAAACAAAACUAGUUCAGUGUAAACAUUCAAAUAAAAUACAUGCUUUAAUUGAAAAAGUAAUUCUGAAAGCCUGUGUUUUAUUAAGAUAAGAGUAAUGUUAUUGGGGAGUUAGGUGUAUUUUCUUGCAUCUUUAGUUUUUGACUACAGUGUCCUAAGGAAAAGAGGUGAAAUUAAUGACAUGCAGGAAAAGGUUAAAUAUACAGGACAAAAUUUCCUGGGAAAGGAGUGAAGUUCAAAUAUGUAUGACUUUACUACCAGUGGUUCCAGUAGAGGGCUUCUGUCAUGAGCUUAGAGAGCUCCUGCUUUGAAACAGGUGCUGCCUAACUCUGGUCUUGCUCUUAUGGCAGGAAAAUGGUCAUCUUUGCCUUGAUUGUGACAAACCAAGAAUAGGAUUGUCAGGAUUUAAGUUUAUGAAGAACACAGUUAUCUUGCCACAGUGAUAAAUAUAUGAAUGGUUGAAGAGUCGACAUCUUAGAUAAGUUUGCUGAGUUGGUAUGUGUACAGCUGCAUGAUUGUCACAGCCUUCCCAGGACUUGGAAUAUGGUAGUGCCUUUGGUUGUUUCAGCAGUUGCUUCAUGCGCCUCAGUUACUGAAGUUCACUUAUGGCUGCACGGAUGCUUUUCGAAGUCGUCUUUUCUGCUUAGCAAAUUCUCGUGGGUAAUGACAGCCCGAGUUGUGGUUUGAGAGUGAUGCCAUCAUGGGGUGCUUAAAUCAGCAUUUGCUCCUAUCAGCUGCAGUCGUCUUAGUUUAUACCUGUUCAGUCAUUACAGUGCACUUCCAAAUAUUACUUUUCAUUAAUGAAUGUUGUAUUCUCAAUGAGGUACUGAUCUGGGCAAGUUAGAGUUGAGACUUAAGAAAAUAAAAAAAAUACAAACUAGUUACA